AUGGCAUCAGUCGCGAGAACGCUCUGGAGCAAGAUGACUGCCAAACCUCUUGUCCGCCCGAGCGAUGUGGACGUGCAGACGCUGGUGGUGCCGCUGCCGCAGGGCGUCGAGAUGCCUCGUCGAGCGUCUUCCAAGCCAAGACGACGACGUACCAGCAGCGGCAAAACCGGCAAAACCAAGCCCACAACCAAUGCGAAUGCGAACACGAACCGACCUGACGGCUCGCGCAUGACUCAGCAGCAGCUGUACAUGUGGGAACCUGUGCUCACACUCGGGUGGUCGAUCGGAAUCUGCUUCACGCUGGCGGCGUUGUGUAUCGGACUUGGAAUUCUGAUCGUCUACACAUCUGGUACACUCACAACGCUGCGUGUGGUAUAUGACGGCAACGAAGAAGCACAAGCGACGCAGCCGGGCGGCAACAUCACGCAGCUUGCCAAUUGCCGUCUCGAUUCACCCAAAGACGGCAACUCAUUCCACGCCGAUCACACCUGCUACGUGCACCUGAAGCUUCCGAACGAUAUCAAGAGCCCUGCACGCAUAUUCUACGAACUGGACGGGUACUACCAGAACCACCGACGCUUCGUAUCUUCCGUUAUCCGCACGCAGUUCACGGAUGAAUGGCGUCCGGAAACAGCGAUCUCCACACUCGAAUGUUAUCCCAUGAAGACCACUACGUCAGAGCUGUGUACGGUAGGUUCGUGCGAACCUACUUCAGCUGCCAAGCAACGCGAGUACUUCCCGUGCGGUAUCGUGGCCAGCACCUUGUUCAAUGACAUUUUCUGGCUGCAUGAGGGAGUUUUGCCGUCGGGUGAGAAGCUCACACGCACUGACAUGACGUCCAGGGGCAUCGCACGCACGUAUGCUGCACAUAACAACAAGAAUCCAACCUGGAACGUUUCUACGGACGCGUACCUACCUGUGUGGCUCAACCCGAACAUGAGUCGCAUCAUCCCGCCCCUGGCAAGCUCGACAGCUCCACACAUCACGUCCGACUACACGAACAGCACUGCGUGGGUGCACGACGCGUUGGAUCCAGACUACGGCGUAGGUGUCGGGCUGGAGAACGAGUUCUGGCGUGUGUGGGUCGAGGGCGCUGCCAUGCACCCGUUCCGCAAGCCGUACGGCCGCAUCGAGCACGAUCUCCCGGCUGGCACCACGCUCACCUUCGCCGUGCAGUCUAACUUCUUCGUGCGGUCGUUCGGCGGCGCCAAAGCACUGGUGCUUGAGGAAGUGGGAUGGUUCGGCAGUACCAACUACAUACUGGGCGGAUUCUUCCUGGGGGUUGGCGCCAUUUUCGCUGUGGCCGGCAUCUUCUUCACGGGUCGCAAGCUGUACAACCCUCGCGCGCUUGGAGACGCAUCCGCCUUGGCGUGGAAGAAGAACUUGUAG